AUGGAGUGUCACAAAUUCGCGCAUCGGCGAAGGGGGUAUGUGUCUGCUCUCUUUAUCUUCAUCGCUUUUCUAAAUUCCGCAUUUGGCGUUACUCAUUAUUCCAUACCCGAGGAGAUGGAAAUAGGUACCGUUGUUGCAAAUCUGGCUGCUGAUUUGAAUAUUGACGUGAAAACGCUGAACCGGAGGAAAAUUCGCGUCGAUAAUAUUGCUAACAAGAAAUAUCUCGACAUAAACAAAGACACAGGAGAGCUCUUCAUUUUGGAGAGAAUAGACAGGGAAUAUCUCUGUAAUACAAAAUCUUCUCCAUGUGUGCUGAAACUAGAUGCCUCAAUUGAAAAUCCUGUACGGAUGUUUAACAUUGAAGUGGAAAUCACAGAUAUUAAUGACAAUGCGCCACAGUUUCGACGAGAUACUAUGCAUCUGGACAUAUCUGAGUCCACUCCAGCAGGGGAACGAUUCUCUUUGACCAAUGCUGUGGAUGCCGACAUAGGGGCGAAUUCCAUCAAGACCUAUUAUCUUAGCGAGAGCGAACAUUUCAACAUAGAGAUACAAGUUGGGCGAGACGGAUCAAAGUUCCCGGACCUCAUCUUAAAGAAGGCACUUGAUCGCGAAGAGCAAAGUGUUCAUCAUUUAAUACUCACUGCUGUGGACGGAGGGAUACCCGCACGAUCUGGGACAGCCAGCAUUAUCAUCAGGGUUUUAGACACAAAUGACAAUGCACCAAAGUUUGAUAAGGAAAGCUACACAAUUGAACUACCAGAAAACUCCCCCAUUGGCAGUCUGGUUGUGAAACUAAAUGCAACAGACCAGGAUGAAGGCUCCAAUGCCGAGAUAACGUACCUAUUCAGCUUGUACACAUCCGAGAAAACACAACAAACAUUCUCUUUAAAUCCUGAUACCGGUGAGAUCAGAGUGAAAGACAUGAUAAAUUAUGAGGAUUUUAAGAUUUACGACAUGGAGGUAGUAGCGAAGGACAAGGGCACUAACUCUUUGUCAGAGAAGUGUAAACUAACCAUAUUAAUCACUGACAUGAAUGACAAUCAUCCCGAAAUUUCUGUCAAAUCAUUUCAAAGUACAGUGAAGGAAGAUGUUGAGUUGAACACAAUCAUAGCUAUUGUAAGUGUUAGUGACAAGGACUCUGGCGAUAAUGGUGUUGUGGAUAUUAAAAUUAAUGAUAAAUUGCCAUUUGCUCUGAAAGAAUCUUCAGAUAACUACUAUGAAUUAUUAGUGGCAAAGCCUUUGGACCGAGAAAAGGUACCUGAGUAUGAAAUAACUUUCACAGUGACUGAUAGAGGGACGCCACCGUUGUCUGACAACGAAACUAUAACUUUGGAACUUCUUGAUGUUAACGAUAAUGUCCCAAAAUUUAAUCAAACAUUCUACACAAUACCAGUGACGGAGAAUAACGCACCUGGAGCACUGCUGGCUUUAAUUACAGCUGUGGAUCCUGACCUGCAUGAAAAUCAAUACUUGGUUUAUUUCAUCAUUGAAAAAGAAAUAGCAAAUACCUCCAUGUCCAUGCUAUUCUCCAUUAACCCAGAGAAUGGUCAUCUUUACGCACUGAAGACGUUUGACUAUGAAAUAGAGAAGGAGUUUCUUUUCCAUGUUGAGGCUAGGGAUUCGGGUGUCCCUCCACUUAGCAGUAACGUCACAGUCCACAUCAUCAUCAAGGACCAAAAUGACAACACUCCCGUUAUAGUGGCUCCAUGGCGUGCGCACGGAUCUGUCGUGGAGGAGAAAAUCCCACGCUCCACCGACAAGGGCGCACUGGUUGCUAAAGUGAUAGCAAUUGACACAGACUCUGUGCACAACUCCAGAAUCACAUACCAGUUUUUACAAAAUACCGAUGCUACAUUAUUCAGCCUGGAUCAGUACAAUGGAGAGAUCCGAACCAUGAGGAUGUUCAGCUACAGAGACGCGCGUCACCAGCGCUUAGUGGUGAUCGCCAAGGACAAUGGAGAGCCUGCGCUCUCUGCCACUGUGACCAUCAAACUCUCCACGGUGGAGACCGCCAUGAAGUCCUACUCUGACAUGACUGAAGUUCCAAUAGAGUACGACAUAUUUUCGGACUUGAAUCUCUAUCUGGUGAUUGGACUGGGCUCAGUGUCGUUCCUGCUACUCAUCACCAUUCUGGUCACCAUCGUGCUGAAGUGUCAGAAACCGAAGCCCAGUAAAUCACUUCCUCCAAGCAGGAACAGCGUGGCCAGUAGCGUGGACAGGAACUCAGGCUUUGCAGACUCCACUCUGGUCUCCAAUGACGCCUACUGGUACAGUAUGUUCCUGGCGGAGACCCGUAAAGGGAAGCUGGUUGUGCGCCAACCGGCGCCAAAGGGGCAGCGAUACAUCGUAUCCAGCUUGCCAAGAAGUAUAGGUCUGACUGAGACGAGUGGUUCAGCUACUUCAACGCUACAGGUAAGACUACAGUGA